UUUAGGGGAGGAUCCAUAAUUCAAGCUGUGUGUGUGUGUGGUUAAAGCAGUCUCUAACACUUAACUCUUCUGCAAGCUAACAGCUUCCAACAAUUAACAGGAGAAAAUAAGUAAUAAUAAUUAAUUAAACUAACCAGUUUGUGUAUUUAUUAACUUCAGGGAGUGUUGUCUGUGGCAGCGGAACGAGCUUGUCUUGAAAUGAAAGCGGGCGUGCUACACUGUCGAUGCCAUAAAUGUUCUCUGCCUGCGAGGAAGCGGGUCCGAAAGCAGGUCUCCUCUCUGGGCCUCCUGUCUUUACCUGAAGAGGUGCUGCUUUGUGUCCUCCAGUGUCUCUCUGCUGAAGACCUGCUCUCCGUCAGAGCCGUGCACUCCAAUCUUCGUAAUAUCAUUGAUAACAACUCGAGUGUUUGGGCACGGGUCAGCUUUAAGGACCGCUGGCCAGCUCCGGACACUGUAUGGCUGUUUGAGAGGGCUGCAGAGAAAGGAAAUUUUGAGGCUGCAGUAAAACUAGGAAUUGCGUAUUUGUACAACGAAGGACCAUCACUCGGCGAUGAGGGUCGGGCUGAUCUCUGUGGCAGGAUGGCUGCCAAAUACUUCACCCUGGCUGAGCGUGUGCGCUCACCACUGGCCGAUCCCUUCAUCUGGCUCUUUAUUCGGCCACCAUGGUCUCCCUCGGGAAGCUGCUGCAAGGCUGUGGUGUAUGAACACCUCAAAGCAGAGUGUGAGAGCAACUUGGAGAGAAAAGGAGCACUACUUCAUUGCCUGGCUCGAGUCCUUGAGCUAUCUGAUGAUGAGGAGACCCGGUCAUCAGCUCUUGCCAUGUUGGAAAAGUCAUCGUGCUGCGGCAGUGUGCAGAGCUCCUACCUCCUGUGGGAAAAAAAUCGCCAUACGGCUAUGGCUGACCCUGGACGGUAUCUGGAGUGUGUGCGUGCUCUCCGGGACUAUGCUGCCAAGGGCUACUGGGAAGCACAGUUGUCUUUAGCAAAGUCAUGUGCCAGUGGCAAUCCUCUGGGUUUGGGGCCUCAGGCCUGUGCUGACCUCGUGGCUCAACUCUUUGUUUCCUGUCCAUCACCUCCACGACGGUCUGACAGCCCACACAAAGAAGGCAUCAAUGACACUAUGAGGUACAUCCUGGUCGACUGGCUGGUGGAAGUAGCCACCAUGAAGGAAUUCUCCAGCCUGGCUUUGCAUGUGACUGUAAGUUGUGUGGACCGCUACCUGGCCCGACGCUCUGUGCCCAAGGCUAGGUUACAGCUUCUGGGUAUUGCCUGCAUGGUCAUAUGCACACGGUAUAUUAGUAAAGAAAUUCUGACCAUUCGAGAGGCUGUGUGGCUCACUGACAACACAUAUCAGUAUGAGGACUUGGUCAGGAUGAUGGGGGAGGUCAUCUCUGUGCUGGAGGGGAAGAUCCGAACUCCCACUCUGCUGGACUAUGGUGAGGUACUGCAGUCACUACUGCCCAUGCAUCGCCGCUCUGCUCAUCUCUUCAGCUACAUCUGUGAACUGUCUCUGCUCUUCUCCCCCCUCAUGAUGCCUGGUCCUGCUCGCCUCGCCAGCGCCAUCCUGCUGCUUACCAGAGCACUGCACAACUACGCUCCUGUAUGGCCGAAACAGCUUGUGGAGAGCACAGGCUUUACUAAACAGGACCUGGUGCCCUGUGCUCUGCUCAUCUAUAUCAAGUGCUUCAGCCAGGAUGUGCCAAAAGAUUACAGACAAGUGUCCUUAACCGGUGUUAAGCAGAGGUUUGAAAGUGACUCCUACCAACAUAUAAGCAAGGACACAGUAAUGGACUUUAAGGAACUGUGCCAGGUGCUGGAGGUUCCAGAGGUGGAGCCUAAAAUUGAGCAUCCUAGUGCUAACAACCAAUCUGCAGACAUCCACACUUUCCUGGCUUCUCCAUCCAGUAACAGCAAGAGGCGAGAGAAUAGCAUGCAUACCAAUCGAGGCAGCUUUGUGGCCACACCCACAGCUGAGCUGUCUAAUCAAGAGGAAACCCUUGUGGGUGACAUCCUAGACUGGAGCCUUGAUGCUUCUUGCUCAGGAUAUGAGGGAGAUCAGGACAGUGAUGGAGAGAAGGAGUGUGAAGUUUCAGUCUUCUCAGUUCAGCUACCACUGUGCGUGCAGUCUGCUGAUGUACGGCUGCACUGCAGUGCUCUCUCUAGCGAUGAAGAAAACAUGGGUGAGCCUGCUGCCUCCUGCUCUUCCUUUUCUUCCAAACGGCCACUCCGCAUCAACCUCCAUAGCUCUGGAUACUCUUCUGUCCAGAGCAGCAGUCCCUCCACUGUCUCUUCUUCUUCCCUGGUCCCUUGCCAUCUUUCCCCAGUAAGCCUGGCACCAGCGUCAUUGCCUGCCUCACCCGGCUUCCGUCUGCUAGUGCCCAUGCAGAGACCCUGUGGUUCCACCCAUCGGCAGGUAAAGAGGAAGAACACGGCGGCCCACAGUGGUGGAGAGAUGGAGAUGGAAAGGGAAGAUGAGCUCUCUGCUGAUGAACAGGCUUUCCUUAGCUUGUGAUGGAACAGUUGGCUCCCACAGCCGUGUUUGAGAGUACGGGUGCCACUUCUAAACUUUGUGCCUCUGAGAAGCAAUCAAAUGGCAGCUUUUCAAAUCUUGUCCACUGUGAGCUUUAAAGGAAUGUCCAACAUUUACAUUGCUAACAAUCAAUAAGAGGUCAUUGGGAACCAGUUAGCAUUAUGUAAAUAAACGUUUGCUAACUGGCCUUACCAGUUUUUAUUCAUUGUUAGCGUUUAUAUAUUUGGAUAAGUGUCCCAUUAUGACAAAGGGAAAGUGAGGAAGAACAACACUGAUCCUGCUCAGAUCCUGUCUGCUUCACCGUGUGUUACAUUAUGUGUAGAAGACUUUGGGAACACUUCCUCUACAAGGUCACUUGCUGAAUCAUUUUGCAACAAUUAAACCACUGGAAUUCUUGAAAACAAGGUCUACUUGUGAACCUGUGUGCCUUGGUGAGACCUGAGCCAAAUGAAGAGACUAUUACAGCAACCUCACAUUUCAUCCACCAUAAAAAAUAAAAACUCUCUCAGAAUUUACAUUCGUAUGGUUGUGUGUGUGUAUGUGUUUAUAUAUAUAUAUAUAUAUAUAUAUAA